CUGUUCAUCACGUGACUAUUUAAGGGGUAGAAUUGUUAAAGAAUUCUUGUAAUAUGUUUCAUUAAUUUUAUUAUAGAUUAACUGGUUUUUUUCAAUAUAAUUCCAAGAUAAAAGUAUUUAAAUAAGUUUGUUAACUUGAAACAUACAUUUAUUAUUAAAUAAUAUGUAUAAAAAAAGAUUUAUUUAGUGGCCUUUUACUAAAUUUAAUUGCAGCUAUAUAAUAAUGGCGUUAUGGGAAAGUGUGUCGAAAUUACCGAAAGAACUGGCCGAUAAAAUUCAACAGCUUUAUGGGACACCUUUUCCAGUAGAAGUUCGUCAUUUCCUUGCCGAAUGGAUCGAGGCUCAACGUUGGUAAGUUUUUUUAUGUCGACGCAGCGUCUAUCGUCAACGCGCCCCCUGUUAGUAAUAAUUUAUCGCCGCGAAAAAGACGGCCUUUUAUACACGUUUCCCGCGUGUGGCUGUUCACUUUAGUUUUAAGGUCGGUAAGAGAUGAUGUAGAAGUUUCUCUUUGUCGGAUCAAUCUUUUCCUCUCCUUUUUUCUUACUAUCUUUCAAUCAUCAUCCUCUUAGAAGAGGGAUGAUGAGGUCCUUCAAAAGGGAUAUGAGAGAAGUUAAUCCGUACGAAAAACAAGAAAUGCUUGUCAGAAACAAUUACGCCUAUUACAACAGAUUGCAGUAUCCUUACAAUGCUUAUCACAAUCAGCAUUAUACAACAAGCGAUAGAAGGUUGUUUUCGGUAGGCGAAAAUAACCCUGCUUCUGCUAAUGAUUUAAGAGAUAAUUUAUGCGCUCAACUGAUGACCAAGGUACGAAUUUACUAUCUUUUCUACUUUUCAAUUGAUAUUAAAGAAUGUAUAGCUUUAGUUUCAUCUUAUUAUAUUUAAGGUGUUUUUAAUUUCUUUUCGGAAUUUUUAUCUUCUUUCUUUCAUGUUCAGCUUUUUUCUUUGCUUCUAUCUAUCUCACUUUCUUGUUCUUAUGAAAAUAUCAAUUUUAUAUUCCUUGUAAUUCUUCUUUCAACUCCUUCUCUGGUGUCUGUUAAGUUCGAUAAUAUUAAUUCAACUACCGUGCGAUCAAACGCGGUUCCGGAUGUUGUAAAGAGGAGACGCCAAUGUUGUAAAAGGAAGCCGUAGAAGAAAAGGGGCGGAGGCAAAUCAGUAGAAUUUUGUUUCACGUUUCAGGAUAUCAUUAACUCUUGGUGGCUCAUUAGAUUGGUAGGCCUGUGAAAAGAGAGAUGAGACCCAACACCCUUUCGAUGACUGUGAAUCGAUAAAAGGCCAUGCUUUUUCUUCCUUUUCCUUUCUUUGUCUCUCUGCCUUUUCACACCACUACUAAAAAAAAUGCUUUUUAUGAUGCAUAAUUUAUUAUUAAUUUUUUUCUUUAUAUAUUCUCUUUUUCAAUGGAUUUUUUAUGGAUCUAUUCUAGAAAAAAAUCAAUUUAUAUUUUUCUAGUCGUAUUCAUUCCAUGAACAUUGUUUCUAGGCUGAAGAACAAGAACGCUCAGAAAAUAUAAUAAACCGUUUUCGUCUGAGGGAGUGCGCUGAAUCGAUUCAAAAUCAUUUUAGUGGUGAUCAAGGAGCAAUGAAGUUAGUUCAAACUGUCCGUCAUUGCCUCAAUGCAGAGAGAGAGAUUUUGAGUCAAGUAGAAAAUUCAGCCCAACCUUAUUACCAGCAGCAAAUGUUUCAUCAGUCUGGUCCUGUCGACUUGAAUCAAAUUUUGUCAGAUAUUGCCCAAGAGAAGAUUAAAUGCGAAAACGCUUUGCGACUUUUACAGCAAAAACAAGAACAUUUCAUAAUUAAAUAUCAGGAUAACGCUCAAACUGAACAGCAAAUUAAUUCUGGCAAGUGUUCCCGAGAAGUGCUUGGUAAGCUGCAAGAGAAGAAGCGUUUGCUGCAGAAUGAAUUGACGACACUGGCCCAACAGUUAUUGAAUGAGAGACUAGCCCUUGCGGAUCUGCUGCAAAAUGCUAUUAAUGGUAUGAUGGAGGCACAGAAAAUCAUUUUGGAGGAGAGGCUUAUAGAGUGGAAAAGGGCUCAGCAAUUGCACGGUAAUGGUUAUCCAGACUUUCAAGUUGGACACCUGGACGUUCUACAAAAAUGGUGUGAAGAUUUAGCUGUUUUAACUUGGUCUAUUCGUCAACAACUGAAGAGGCUACAGUUGCUCAGACAGCAGUUGCCGAUCGCUUUACCAACUGGAAAAUCAGAUAUAGUUCCAGGAUUAUUAGAUCAGGCCACUCAACUCUUAUCUCAGCUAAUUACGAGCACCUUCGUUAUCGAAAGUCAACCACCACAAGUUUUAAAGAAAGAUGCUAGGUUUUCAGCCAAAGUUCGUUUAUUGGUCGGAGCUAAACUUUCAGUUCACCUUAACCCACCAACUGUAAAAGCCACUAUUAUUAGUGAAGAACAAGCUAGAGUGUUACUUAGAACUGUUGUUGGUCAAGAUCAACGAGCCUCUCAUAUGUCCGAAUCCUGCGGUGAUAUUUUGAAUAAUUCUUCCACUAUGGAGGUUCAGAAUAAUGGACAACAGCAAGUUCUGGUUGUUACGUUUAGGAAUAUGGCUUUGAAGAGAAUAAAAAGAGCUGAAAAGAAGGGUAACGAAACGGUUACUGAGGAGAAGUUUUCAAUUCUCUUUCAAAGUUCAUUUACGGUUGGCGAAGGUGAACUAGUUUUCCAAGUGUGGACUCUCUCCCUACCAGUGGUUGUUAUUGUUCAUGGCAAUCAAGAACCGAGCGCCACAGCAACAGUUUUAUGGGAUAAUGCAUUUGCUCAACCAGCCAGACCCCCAUUUGCCGUUCCCGAUGAAGUUUUGUGGCCUGAUCUUAGUAGAGCAUUAAACAUGAAAUUUACAGCUGCUGCUGGAGCCAGUCUAAAUAAGCAGCAUAUGGAUUAUCUAGCUUCCAAGUUAUUCGGAGUGCAAGAGGAAUACUCUAAUUGCUUAGUCAAGUGGAGCGCCUUCAAUAAGGAACCACUCUCUCCACGUAACUUUACAUUUUGGGAAUGGUUUUAUAAUUUGUUGAAAUUAGUUAAGGAAUGGUUGCAUGACUUAUGGAAAGAUGGUUUAAUUCAUGGUUUUGUAAGUAAGCAACAAGCCAGUAAUUGCCUGUUGAAUUCCGGUAAACCUGGAACUUUCAUGCUAAGAUUCUCUGAUAGUGAAUUGGGUGGUUUGACCAUUUCAUUUCUUGGAUCAAGACAGAAUGGAGCAAGUGAUCACGUUGAAGUUUUAGCCCUGCAGCCGUAUAGUGAUAAGGAUUUUAGAAUCAGAGGUUUGGCUGAUAGGGUCAAGGAUAUACCUAGCCUUCUUUGGCUAUAUCCUGAUAGAAAGAAGGAAGAAGCUUUCUUGAAGCAUUGGGGUCCUGAUCCAUCUAACGCUCCAUCGCUUGACGACGGCUAUGUCCCCACAAUCCUUGUGUCCGUAGUGCCUGGUAUACGAACACCUGAACAAGAAAGACAGCAAGAUGCUGUUCAACAAACUACUCAGAACAGUACAUUUACUCCGAUUCAAAAUGCUGAAGGAUCUAUAUCGCCACAAGACUUGGCAUUUUUGGAGAGUCUUGAUCAUUUUGGCGAAAUUAAUGAUCUAAAUACAAUGAUGGAUUACAAUCCUUGCGAUAUAAUAAAUGCUAAUCAAUUCCUCUAUGGACCGGAAGAGUCCGAAGGGGAUCCUGAUCAUAGAGAAGUCGAAAGAAUGGCUUGAUAUGUUUUUUUUCUUGCUUUUUUUUGUGCUUAUAUAAAUGACAUUGUUAUGCCCGCUAACGACGGUAAUUUGUAUACCUUACCUCUUGACGUUUCGACAUAUCUCUCUUUCUGUUUUUUUUCCCUAAAAAUUUUCAAACUAAAAAUGUAAUAUAAAUCUUUUUUUCCCUUGUUUUUUUUCCUUUUUGUAAAAUUGUAACGAACAUUUUUUUUUGUUGUGGAACUUGCCAUACUGGGUUAUUGCGCCAUAUUUACUCAACUCUACUCGCAUCUUUUACGAUGUACUGUGCAUUCAAUAAAAAAGGAAAAUAAAAGAAUAAUUAAUCAAAAAGAGGUAUGUACCACGUCAAUGAUUGUACAGCUGCAAAAACUUUCGGUUUAUCUUGUAGAAUAAUCUAUAUAGGCACAUUGUCUUCUAUCCAUAUAAGAAUUUAUUACAGAAUGUACUAAACUUUGUACAUGAAUACACUUUGAAUAUGUAAAAUUUGU